GAGGAAACUUACCUAAUGCUUGCGUACUGGCUCCCAAACACGCCUCAUACAUUGCCUAUAAAUGCUACCCACCGUGUGGGCAUUGGAGCUUUUGUAAUGAAUGACAAAAGAGAGGUAUUGGUUGUCCAGGAAAAAAACGAUGUACUUAAGGGGCUUGGUAUAUGGAAAUUCCCAACUCGAGUUGUUGAACCAGGGGAAGAUAUAAACAUUGGAGUUGUAAGAGAAGUAAAAGAAGAGACAGGGGUUGAUGCAAAAUUCGUCGAGGUAGUUUCCUUCAGGCAGAGCCACAAAGCUUAUUUUGAAAAAUUGGAUCUAUUUUUUGUGUGCAUCCUAAGGCCACUUUCCGUCGACAUUACUAAACAAGAGUCGGAAAUCGAGGAUGCUCAGUGGAUGCCGGUGGAGGAAUUUGCGGCACAACCAUUCGUCCAAAAAUAUGAACUCGUGAAGUACAUUCUCGAGGUCGGCCUGGCUAAGGUCGAUAAGGAAUACGCGGGAUUUUCACCAAUCAGCAUAAAAUCAGCGUUCUCGGAGAAACAAUCCUUGUUUAACAUGAACAGGAGGGACCUGGAGAAAGCCUCAGGAUCCAUCAGUACACAAAAAGAUAGCUGAGAUUUCAGUCGGAGUUACGAAAG